AAUAAUAAUGAAAUGGAAGUUUAAUAAAGGAGUGAGGAGGGGUGUAUGUAUUUAUAUAGAGCACACUAGUCUCAGUCGCUCAACCUUACACUCUCUCUCUCUCUCUCUCUCUCUGCUCCUCCCUCCUUCCUCUUCACAAAUCUCAUCUCAACCACCGCCAGAGUUAUCGUUGAAGAAUAUGGGUCGUGGAGUCAGCAGUGGUGGGGGUCAGAGUUCCUUGGACUAUCUUUUUGGGAGUGGAGAGGCUCCAAAGCCAGGCACAAACAAUGUCCAAGCUCCACCAAGGGAAGUGCAGACUGUGAGUGAACCUACUCCCAAACCUACUGCUUCUCCUCCUCCCCCCAAACCUGAAUCAGUAGAUAUCACCAAGCAGAUUCCAGCUGGUAUCCAUAGCACUUCUUCAAAUAACUACCUGCGUGCAGAUGGCCAAAACACUGGAAACUUCAUUACGGAUCGACCCUCAACUAAGGUCCACUCUGCCCCGGGUGGUGGAUCUUCUCUGGGUUACCUCUUUGGUGGACCUGGACCAGCUGAAAACUGAGACAUGCCUUCAUAUCGUUGAUUUUUGUGGGAUGGGGAAUGUUUUCAUCCUUUAUAUAAAAAAUGACAACUUUAUGGAUCAUGGGAUGUAAUAUAGGUGUUGUCGUUGUUGGGAUUAUUCAAUCAGGAGUGCUGUAUUUUAGAUGCUUAAACAUCUGAUACAGAUUUCUUUGUCAUGGACAAAGCAGUUCUCUCAGUGCAUGUUUGAUGUUUUUCGUAAUUUGCAUUAAGCAAUCUGCUAUAUUUUGGCAGGGGUUCA